ACUGACUGGUCGCUACACAGAUCUUGCGCCAGCACUUCUUGCUAAACAUCUACCAGGCCUCUCCAGUAGCGAUGCCUAAAACCAACAAGUCGUCCGCCUCAUCGGGCACACGGAAGAAGCAAGCCGCAAAAAAGGCCGACAAGACGGGCGAUCCCACCGCUGCGACCAGUAACAACAAAUCUGGCGUCAAGCAACAGCGAGGUCAGAAGAAGCUCUCCAAGGCCGAAAAGAAGGCUCUGAAAGAUGCUCCCAAGCAAAAGAUCUUCGUUCCACCGCCUAAACCGCCGGCACCUGCCAUCCCGGACCCAUUGGACUCGCAGGGAUUGGCGAGGACUCUGCCGGCCGAGUUGGUCGUCGUCCUGAGACGGCUAGGGAAGAAGGACGGUGUGACACGGCGGAAAGGAUUGGAAGAGCUCAAAGAGAGCUGGGUAGAUCUCGUCGCGAACAAAAGAAAGUCGGGCAAACAGGCGGAAGGAGAUGCUGACAUCGAAGGAGAUGGAGUUGAAGACGCUUUGCUCGAGGCUAUGCCGGUCUGGCUCCACAACCUGCCCAGUCUGCUGCUCUCUCCGGGCCAUCGCAGUUUGGCGCUAUCGAUUCACACCUCUUUGAUUUCCGUCCCCUCUAUCGCCUCAUCGCUACGAAAUACCCUCGCACUCGGAUUGUUCGCAGGCGAACAUCAAGGCCGGGAUGUCAUCUCCACCUGGCUCACUGCAUGUGUCGAAGAGAGCGGAAGGAGACAAGCCGGUUUGGGAGCUGGGAGUUCCGAUUCUGCAUUAGGGCGAUUCGAGCGGUUUGUCUCGUGGGAGGCAGAGAAAGAAUCUUCCGAAUCCGAGUCAGAGGGUACGGAAGGAAAGCUGCCUAUGAUAGAACAGCUAGGGCUAUUAGUGGAAUACAUGGAAAUGGCCAUUUUGAACCCGCACGACCUGCACGACGAGGUACAUCCUGCGCCUAAGGCCUCGGGCACGGAACCGUCGUCAGGGACCGCGACGCCUAAGAAAGGAGGAAAGGCAGCGGUCACCCCGAUGAACUUCCCGUCGCUCGCUGCUCUCGGCCCAAGCAAGGUGGACGAAGAAACCGCUGCCGAGGAAGAAUUGCAAAGGGUCGAGCGGGUAUUGAGGUAUAACUUGAGUGGGGUACUUGGAUUGACGUACGUGUUGGGCAAAUUGCCAGAGUCCGUCGAAUGGCCCGAAAGGCUGGGUGGUCUGCUGUCCUCUUCAGGCCUCUGGGACAUGCUGCGUCCUGCCGUCCCGAAGCAUCAGGUCGUCGCCUCUCCUCCUGUUCGAAGAGCGCUUUAUGGUCUACUCUCGAUAUUGAUCUCCCGGUUCCCGGCAAUCUUCGGAGAGAAACUGUUGCCUGUUGUGGGGCCUGCCGUUUUGACGAGUGUCUGGAGAGAGUCCGACGGUAGCGUUUGGGGAGGGACGACCGUGAGCGAGGCUUUGACUAUGCUGGUCACCAAAUUCCGAGGUGUCUGGACUAUGGAGCCGGAUGCCAAAACCUCGAUCCCAGAACAGCAAGCAGGACAAGGGGAAGAAGACGCAGAAUCCGACGAGGAGUCGGAUGAUGACGAGGAUGAUGAUGAGGAACCGCAAGAAACAGAAACGGAGGCCGUCGAGGAGCCGAAGGAGGUAUCAGCUAAACCGGCACGAUACCGAAUGGGCACCGAAGCGUACAACCAGUUCUUGGUGUAUUUGCAACGAGGAUGUAACGGUUGCCCUAGCGAGGGUUAUCCCACUGUCCUGGUGAUACUGUCCACUCUGCCUGCCGAGAUACUCGCCCUGUCCCCCGAUGUCUAUCAGAGGUUCUUUACAUCUCUUUGGGCUGCAUCGGACGCCAAGUUGCUCUCCUCGACCCCUUCGGGCUCUGGUCCCUCUCCAGUGUUCCAAUUCUUGACUGCGACCAUCGACUGUAUCGUCUUUCUCUCGCUUCGAGCGUGGCGUAACGCUGACGAGGCCGAUAAAGAGGGAUUCCUCUCACUUACGACAGAGGAGCUUUCACGAGUCUGGGUAGACGGUGUCCUUCCCGAGACUGGGAAGCUAACCCGUAUGGACCGGUCGAUGUUCGCUGAGCAGAGGCUCGAAUCAACAAGAGAGGCGGUUGCUUUGUCGAAAGGGUUGUCCAGGCUGGCACAGGAAUCAUCGGCGCUCAGCUCACAAAGCAUCAACAGGAUCUGCGAAGGAACUCGUAUAGCAUACGAACGCCCUCAAAGUAACGUCCAGGACAAGUCGCGAAGCAUUCUCAUCCCUCGCUUUACUGUCCUGUCCGAGGCGUUGAAGUCCAAUUACCAAGUGGACGACAUCAUGAGCCGAGCGCUCGACACUCUGACAUGUCAGGUCUACCGAUGCGCCAUAGCAGCAGCGGCGGACCCCGCUUGUGAAAAGGCGACACGCGAAGACUACCUCAAACUCGUUGUCCGUUUCUUCAAAUCUGACGGACAGCUGUUGUACCAAGAAGAAGAUAUUCGAACGCAAACGGUAUCGAUCAUGGAAGCACGACUCCCCGAAAUGUUAUCUACCCUAGAUGACAAUCUCACCGGGCCCUUGUGCCGCGACUAUAUCGGCUGGCUCUCGGAUGCGCAAAAGAAAUCGGACGCAUGGAAGAACAUUUCGCAUGUUGUGGACAGGCUUCCCGUGUCGAAAAAGUUCGACAUUGCUCGGGCUCUGCUUGUUACCUGGAGAAAUACGGAUAUCGAUCUGAGAGCGGACGACACAACAUGGGGCCAUAUCGUGAUGGAGGCUGCUGAGCACGCUGGAGACAAGCAAGACCGAAGUACCUCAGCCGAACAGCUGAUCUCGGCUGUCGUGCUUCACUCUGAUGAUAUUAUCGACAACGACACACGGGACGGACUCCUGUUGUUGAUUACCACGUCGAUAUCGUCGUCAAUCAAUCACAUGUUGGAAGUCGGUAGUGCCGGUGCCAUCGACACGGCCAGUCUUCAAAAUCAGCUCGAUGCUGUCAAAGUUCUCGCGACGCGGCGAGCUGCUGAUUUCAAUCAGUCUGAUCUUUAUCAAAGCGCGAUCAUCUCGAUCUCCGAGAUGGUCUCGUUUGCCGAUUUGCUGGAUCCUCCACCAAGCGACGAAGUACUGCGGGUAUCCGGAGCUAUUUUACAAGACCUGGAAUCUUUGACAUCGUCAAAUUCGUUCCAAUACCGCGCUGCUGCGCAUCUUAACGAUCUACUGGACGAUCAUUCGAUACAUCUAGAUCCGGCGGGCAUGGUCACCUGUCUCUUGUCUCGAAAACAGACCCGCGGUCUUGUCCCGCAGGUUCAUGAGCUGUGUCAGGGAUCGCAGAAGUACCUAAGCGAGCUGUUGCAGCGCUCCAGCACCGCCAGCCCGUCUAUCGUCUUUGACGACCUUCUGCCCUACGAGACCAAAACCUCUGCCUCUGGACAGGUAAACUAUGAUUGGCGAGGAAGAUCGGUAUACGCUCGCAGAAUCGAGGCUAUUGUCGCUCUCCUGCGAUCGGAUCGGUCCAAAACCCGCGAGUCUGUCGAGAUUAUGCAUCACCUGCUACUUGCCGAUCGCUUGCUCCGGGAUUUGAUUGAUUGUGGAGGUGCCGACUGUGGCAUGUAUGCGACAGCAACAUCUCGCGAAUACAUCGACAGUCUCAGCUCCGAGACCAAUGACCUGGUUUCGUAUGCCAUUAACGCCUUGGCCGGCGAUACUACGCCGCAAUGGCACGCCAGUAUCAUGACGUCGUUGUCUAGGAGCGAGGACUCAAGCAAGGAGCCAUCGCUGUUGGGCGACCUAUUCUUGCGCAUCGCAACAUCGGUGGAGUCGGAUCUCCUAUCGCCAAGGAUCCUUCGGUUCCUGUUGUCACGUGUUUUGUCCUUGUCAGGCGAUACUCAGAUAACGGAACGUUGGCUAGCUUGCGGUCAGAACCUGGAGGACAAGAAGCCCAUGACAACCCGAGUCAUUCUACAGGCGGUUGUCCCACGGCUUGAAAAGUCGCCUCGACUAGAUCGGGUCCGCAAUGAUAUUGCCAGUCGACUGACAGCCACCCCGGUUUCCAAAGCUGGCUCGAACGGUCUUCGCCUCUUGUGCAAUCUCUUGGCAACAUCGCCAGGCAUCGACUCGGAGGACGCUUUCUUGCCAGAGCAACGCUCGAUCUUUGUCAUGCAGCACUUGACACAAUGGCUCACCAGUGAUGAUGACGCCGCUGACGACUUACCGGAAGAGGUCGAAGCCAGAAUCUGCCUGCUUUUUGCGGAGCUCGCCCCUAUCGUGCAAGGCCGUCCUGGUGCCCAUUGGAAUUCGAUCUACGACAUGAUUACGAACAAUCUCGAAUCUUGUUCAUUGUCUGAUGAGACUACCUACAAUCUGUCAUUCGCUACGUUGACCUUGAUGUCAAGGGUCUUGGAGCUCAGCACCACGAACAAGGCCUUGGCUGCCGAAUGGACUGACAGAGAUGACCAAAUUCGUCUUCUGGUUCAGUUCCUGUCCUCCGUAAAUGGCGAGAAACAUCACAAGAACGCUGUGCGAGACCGUUUAUUAUCAAAAGCAAGUGACAUGAUCCGCGGGAUGGGAGACAAUAUUCCGGAAGUGCCGGACAUCAACAAGUUGUAUCCACUUCUGCGUUACGACAAUGUCGAAGUACAGCAGAUUGCUCAUCGCCUCUGCCGUAUCUCGAUCGUCAAGCACACGGCGGAUUUGGUCGUCGAGAUGGAAACUGCUAUCGAUGCGGAGGAUUCGAGCAAGACUCCUGUACUGCCCGCGGAGCUAUUAGACAACAUUACGGCAUCAGCGUUCGAAGAUCAGAUCCCCUUUGGUUCACUACUCGCGUGGAUGCUGAUCUUUGACCAUUUCCGCGAUGCCUCCGCAUCGCUGAGGUCAGUCUACAGCGAGCAACUACGGGACCGUGCCGUGGUGCAGGACGCCUUGAUGUCGCACAUCCCGGAUGUCUUGCGACAAGCGUGCAACGGAGUCAAACCGUCCGAUUCGAUGUACUUUGCGGUAGACGAGUUUCACUUGGAGGCUUUGGAUGCCCUGACAGAGCAGACGACGAUCGCCUUGUCGACCCACGUCUUCUACAGGGCGUUGGAGAACGUGCCUCAACUAGUCAGGAACUGGUAUGAAGCUUGCAAAGACCGGCAGUUGGCGAUGUCCUUCAUCGCCAUUGUCACCCGUCACCUUUCGCCAGUCCUGAUAGAGCACGAGUUUGCCGUCAUCCGUCAACCUGGAGUGCUCAGAACUCUCGAAAACGACAGCUUGAGUGUUCGAAUCUUGUCUGCUUCGGCCGAGAUUACGGCGAAAUACAUAAUCGACGAACAACCUAUGGAAAUUGCCAUCAAACUCCCUCAGGAAUACCCACUGCGCAAUGUCGAGGUCAAGGAGGUGAACCGGGUCGGGGUAACAGAGGGAAAGUGGCGAGGCUGGAUGCUGAACGUGCAACAAUUGGUCAUGAGUCGGAAUGGCUUGCUUUUGGAAGCUCUCAAGCUGUUCAAGUCAAACGUAUCUCUGCAUUUCGAGGGCAAGACCGAAUGUUCUAUCUGCUACUCCAUCAUUUCGAUGAACGAUCGCUCGUUACCAAGCCGAGCUUGUCCCACCUGCAAGAACAAGUAUCACGCCAAUUGCUUAUUCACUUGGUUCAAGUCAUCGAACAGCUCGACUUGCCCUAUGUGUAGAAGCCUUUUCUGAUUGACUAAAGUCGUCUGCAUACUGUAUCCUCAUUAGCAUAGUGUCAAAUCUGACAUACACGACCUAUAAUCGAAACGAGUGUAUUUGAAGUGAAUUUGUCAUGCAUGAAUCUAUGACGAUAUCCUGCGCGUUACA